AUGGCGAAACUAGAUCGUGGUCAUACAACAGAUGAAGAAACUUUUGAUCAAGAGACUCUCGGCAAAGGUAAUGUUACACAUCGCGAAUGGGUAAUAGCAACAGGUUAUGAUACAGUAUUACUUAACCGUGAUUAUUAUAUUGCCCCAACGAAUUAUCUUUUGAUAUUCAAUAAUUGUGCUGUCAUGCCAACUUAUAGUGUGCGAUAUUCAUUUAAAAUAAUACCUUUAAGAAUUCGAAAACAUAUCGGUGACUACUGCUCAUUUCACAAUGAAUAUCACAAAGAAGGAGUGGGUUGUGAUGGACAAUGUCAUCAAGGAUAUUUGGGUAACGACGAAUAUUCGGACGAUCCAACCAUCAUGAAAAAAUUACGUAGAUCUGGUAUGAGUUACCGACGAAGCACCACGAUGCGCUUCGAUCCGGAUUAA